UUCCACUUUCCUGAGUUUAAUUUCUCCUUGUUUCAUCGCUCUCCUAACAGACAGCUGUAUUCUGAGUUAAACUUCAAUGUUUAUGGUGUUUCGUUACAAUAUUUUCCACUUAGAAACGUCUCAUGAAUCCAAUCUAACGGACAGAUCGACUCAACCAGGAAAUGUCUUCCUCUCUGCCUGCGUCUCUGUUCCUGCUGUCUCUGGUUUUCUGCCAGUUUGUUUCUGCUGCAGGUCAGAACAACGUGACAGUCAAAGCUGAACCUGGAGAUAACGUCAUUCUGCCAUGUGAAUCUCCUGACCAGGGAGAAAUCAAACUGUCAGAGUGGAGCAGAACUGAUCUGAAGACAGGAUAUGUCCUCCGGUACAGAAAUUUUCAGCUUGAUCCAACAAACCAGAAUCCAUCUUACAAGGACCGGGUUGAUCUGCUGAUUGGUCAGAUACAGAAAGGAGACGCGUCUUUGAUUCUGAAGAACACAAGGAUUAAUGACAGCGGAACGUAUGAAUGUCGAGUCGUUCAAACUGUCCUUGAGAGGAAACUGAUCAACUCCGUCAGCCUGGUUGUGGCUCCUCCUCCUCCUCCUCCAGAACCGUUUCCAGUCUGGGCCACAGUUCUACUGGUUCUACUGGUUCUACUGGUUCUGGUUCUGGUUGCUGCUGCUGCAGUUCUCUCUUUUUAUCGCUGGCUCCGUUGGAAACCACUCCCAGAACAGGUGGUGGUGGAAUCAGGGGAGAGGUUUGUCCUGCUGCCCUUUAAAGUCCCACAUCGCCUGUGGUUCAUUAAAUACAGAAUCUUCCUGCAUGUGGAUAAAGUGGAGUGGAAGGACGGAGACAACAGGAUGGUCCAUGUGUAUCAGAACGGUUCUGAUCAGUCUGAAGAACAGAACCUGAUCUACAGAAACAAGAUGGAUGUAAACCUGCUGAAGACUGGAGACCUCAGUCUGACUCUGAAAUGUCCCAGUGAUGAAGACGAGAACAUCUACACCUGCAGAGUUUAUAACAAGAAUGGAGACAUCCUGAUGAAGAAAGACGUCUGGCUGAAGGUCAAAGGCCAACAGGUGGAGGUGGAAUUAGGGGAGAAGUUUGUCCUGCUGCCCUGCAAAACCAGAGAGAAUCUGGAUGGAGACGUUAAGGUGGAGUGGAUGGAUGGAUACAACAGGAAGGUCCAUGUGUAUCAGAACGGUUCUGAUCAGCCUGGAGAACAAAACCAGAUCUACAGAACCAGAACCAAGAUGGAUGAAAACCUGCUGAAGACUAAAGACCUCAGUCUGACUCUGAUGAAACCCACUGAUGGAGACAGAGGGAUCUACACCUGCAGAGUUUAUAAAAAAGAUGGAGACAUCCUGAUGGAGAAAGACGUCUGGCUAAAGGUCAAAGGCCAACAGGUGGUGGUGGAAUCAGGGGUGGAGUCUGUCCUGCUGCCCUGCAGAACCAGAGAGAAUCUGGAUGGAAACAUUAAGGUGGAGUGGAUGGAUAACACAUACAGGAAGGUCCAUGUGUAUCAGAACGGUUCUGAUCAGCCUGGAGAACAGAAUGAGAUCUACAAAGACAGAACCAAGAUGGAUGAAAACCUGCUGGAGAAUAAAAACCUCAGUCUGACUCUGAAAUGGCCCAGAUUUGGAGACACAGGGUUCUACACUUGCAGAGUUUGUAACGACGGAGACAUCCUGAUAGUGAAACAAAUUAAUCUCCAGGUCAAAGUCCAACAGGUGGAGGUGGAAUCAGGGGUGGAGUCUGUCCUGCUGCCCUGGAGAACCAGAGAGAAUCUGGAUGGAGACGUUAAGGUGGAGUGGAUGGAUGAAGAGAACAGGAUGGUCCAUGUGUAUCAGAAAGAUUCUGAUCAGCCUGGAAAACAGAACCAGAUCUACAAAGACAGAACCAAGAUGGAUGAAAACCUGCUGAAGAAUAAAAACCUCAGUCUGACUCUGAAAUGGCCCACUGAUGGAGACAGAGGGAUCUAUACCUGCAGAGUUUAUAAAGACAGAAACAUCCUGAUGGAGAAACAAAUUAAUUUCCAGGUCAAAGCAUGGACACUCCGGGUCCAACCAGAGGACACCAGGACCAGAAGCAACCCUACCGAUCCUCUAAUGGGUGAUCAAUCAGUCUGAUCAGGUCGAUCAAUCUCUGAUUUUUGAUCCAGUCAGACUUUGGAUCAGAGCCGAUCUCAGUGAAGGUUCUGAUGGACCAACAGAGGAAACUUCCUGGUCCUCUGGUCCAGUCUGCAGCCUCUUAUUGAUCACUAUUGAUUAUUGAUGACAGAAUGAAGAUCUGAAGGAACUGAAGGAACCAGUUAAAGACUGGAACUGGAACUGGAACUGGAUCCAUCAGAGAGAAGAACAGUUCAGUUUGACCCAGAACCUCCUGACCAUCAUCAUCAUCAUCAUCACCAUCAUCACCACCAUCUUCAUCACCAUCAUCAUCAUCAUCAUUUUCUCUUCAAACCCAAAAAUCUCUAAUUUUUUCCUCCAGUCCAGAUUGUGGAUUUUUACUUUAAAGCUUCUCUGAUUGAAAUUUUCUGGCCGAUUUUAUUUCCAAAUCUUUAAAAUUUGACCUUCUGGUUCUAAUUUUGUCCUUUUCUUCUGAAAUGUUGCUGCCUGUCAGGAGAAAGUUGCUGAGUUGCCUACAGACUGUUGACUGCCAACAUUGAGUUCUGACCCGGUGGGUCGGUCUGUCAGUCCAACGUCUCUCUGAUUUCUAGACAUUCGCUGAGGAAGAGAAGAUCGGCUUCAUGUCUAAAUAUCGGAUCGGCUUCAUGUCUAAAUAUCGGAUUGGCUUCAUGUCUAAAUAUCGGAUCGGCUUCAUGUCUAAAUAUCGGCUGAUAUUCAGGAAAUCAGCUCAGAUUAAAUGACUGCAGAGAAAUUGAUGCACCAAAGAAAAGCUGAAAAUAUUUAAUAUCUUUAUGGUUCAUGUAAAGUCCAGUUACACUUAUUGCAUUUAUUAAUCUGUGUUACAUUAUAAUGCAGAUUAUUCUAGUCCUGGAUUAUAAUCUGACUCUGAGAAUCAUCCUAAACCGUCCAUCUGGUUUCUAUAUGAAUCCUGCCUUAUUAAUGUUUUCAUUAUAAAUAAUAGAAGCUUCUUUAUUUCACUUUUUUAUUUUAAACAGAAUUUGAUUGUAAAAGUAAAAACCUACUAACACCUUAAACUGUUAUUUUACAUAAAAUGCAGAAUUUGAACAUAUUUACAGAUUUCUGCUCAUUAAAUGUUUUAAUUUCUGACUGAAAUAUUUUAUAUCAUUUUAUUCAUUUGUUACAUUUUACUUUCAUGUUAAAGUGAAUUUAAAGACAAAACUUUAAUUUUAAUUCUCCACAUUGAUCUAAAACCUCUGAUCUAAUUUAUUACCAAAAGAUCAUGAAAUAAUUUGAUCACUAAUAAUUAAUCAAUAUAUUUAGUCAGACAUGAAGAUCUAGAAUGAGUUUUUCUAUACAUGUUACUAUUUACAGUGUUCAUAUUCUAUGCUUGUAUAUCUACUAGAAUAAUCUGUCUGCUUCUGUUUUUUAUUUCUUGUGAAUCUUAAGAUGAAUAUUAAAUAUUUAGAUGAAUAUUAAAUAUUUAGAUGAAUAUUAAAUAUUUAGAUGAAUAUUAAAUAUUUAGAUGAAUAUUAAAUAUUUAGAUGAAUAUUUUACAUUUUGCUCGGCGCUUUAAAGUUCAUCUGGAUUUUUCUGAGUUUUUUCUGCUGGUUUUAUUUUCAUUCAGGAUGAAAAAAUAUUUUUUAUUUUAAAUUUGACUCAGUUUAUUGGAUGUUUCCUGAAUCUGCAGAAUCAAAUUAAUGAUCAUUUGAAUUAUUGAUUUAUUGAUUUCUCUCAGCUGAUCACUAAUAACAGAUGAACUGAUCGGUACUGAAGGUUAAUCAAUAUUUAUUUAAUCAUAAAUAUUUCAUUUGUUGGACUCCAUGGAUAAACAGUGUUUCUAUUAAUUUGACUGGAAAAUAACUUUUAAUUUUCAGACCAAAUCAGUUUCCAGAUUUUAUAGAUUUUUUUUAGUUUAAAAUAAAAAUAUAAAAUAUUUUUAAAACUUUGUUUCUUUACUGAUUUAUUUCUUCCCUUCAGGGAGUCGACCUGAAUUCAAACUAAAUCCAAACUAAAACAUCCUGCUUGGUUCUGAGAGCCGGUUUCACUCUGAACUACAGAAAAACAAAAAGUGGAAAAAAAUCCAGAUUUUCCAAAAAUUAAAUUCUCAAACAGAAACUCAGAAAGUUUGAUACUUUUUCAUUUUGUCAGUUUUAGUUUUUAAAUUCAUUUUCAGGUGAAUUUUAUUUGUUUUGUUUAACUUGUUUGCUAAAAUGCCAAAAUGUGCUUCAUAACAAUAAAACCUGAUAAAUUAAAAACUUCCUUCUGUUUUGUGUUUGAAUUCAUUUUAUUUAGUUUUUCAGGAGCAGCGACUCUUUAAAUCAGGAUCUU